AUGGUGUCACUUCAUACGAUUGUUGUCGCAGCCCAUGUGCUGGGCAAAAUCACAUCAUCACUUCAACGGGACGACAUUGACGAAACAGCUUUAAGGAUCUACGAUGGACUCCAGUUAGCCGAUACUUCGUUUAACACAUCUUCACCUGUAGACAUUUUACUAGGAAACGAACAAAUUUGGUCCGUUUUGUCAGGUGAUAAAAAAUAUGACACCGAUGGAAAUAUUAUUGCCAUCAGCUCAAUCUUUGGAUGGAUAAUCACUUCAGUUGCAAUGCCGCAACCAUUAACCGCCAACACGCUCAUGACUACUGUUGACAUUAACGCCUCUCUUCAACGCUUUUGGGAGAUCGAGGAUAACACUGAGCAUACACAACGAGACCCUGCGCACGAAAAGGUAGAGCAGCAUUUUCUGACCACACAUUCCCGAGACCCAGACGGCAAAUACAUCGUUGAAUUGCCUUUUAAACACGAAUGCCAAGAGUUCGGAGACACCCUGCACGGCGCUGUCUCACGCUUCUAUGCUGUGGAACGUCGUCUGCAGCGUGAUAUGGAGCUACGCAAGCUAUAUUCAAAAUUUAUGAGCGAGUAUUUAAGCCUAGGUCAUAUGCGUAAGCUGCCCCCUGAAGAAUGCAACACAUCAGCAAAAACGUUUUAUAUGCCACACCAUCCAGUUCUAGGAAAGAAGCUGCGCGUGGUAUUUGACGGGUCAUAUGAAGACGUAAACGGGCACGCUCUAAAUGACGCCUUACACAUCGGACCCAGCAUACAACGCAACCUUUUUCAUGUAUGCCUUCGCUUUCGAAUGCACAAGUUUGUGUUUUCGGCGGACAUAGUUAAAAUGUUUCGCCAGAUCUGGGUUGCCCCUAAGCACCGCAACUUUCAACGCAUCGUAUGGAGAGAGGCUCCGAAAGAUCCUCUUCAACACUUUCAACUCUGCACAGUCACCUAUGGAACAAGCUGUGCACCGUUUCUUGCUGUCAGAGUACUGGAACAACUAGCGCGAGACCACCAGGAUGAGUUUCCCACAGCCUCAAAAAUUGUGCUUGAGGACUUUUACGUAGACGACGUCCUCACCGGCGCUGAAACUGAAGACGAAUUACUUAGCCGCCGCGACGAACUCAUCCAGCUGAUGUCCAAGGCUAAGCUUGAGCUUGGCAAAUGGGUGUCUAACAGCAGCGUCAUCCGCCACACCCGGCAAGACGAGCUCCAAAUAACCAGUGCGGUUAAAGUUUUAGGAAUGCUAUGGAAUCCCCAAGACGACGUCCUGUCCUACAAACCUUCGCUUUCUACGGAGCCAGAUGCUACUAAACGGCAAGUAUUGUCAGAUGUCUCACGAAUUUUUGAUCCUCUAGGUAUUCUGGCGCCUGUGGUAGUACAGUUCAAGAUCCUUUUCCAAGAACUCUGGCUGCUUGACCUGGACUGGGAUUCAAAACUCCCACCGAAACUGGCUGAGUGGUGGCAAACCUGUCGCGACGAUAUCAACUACAUAACCAACCUAAGGAUUCCACGUUAUGUACACAGCGAACCGGGAAAAAUCGAAUUACAUGGAUUUUCAGAUGCAUCUAUAAAGGCAUAUGCCGCUGUUGUUUACAGCCGUGUAAGCAACGCAGACGGCACCUGCUUGGUGUCACUUAUGGCAGCCAAAACACGCGUUGCGCCACUAAAGCAACAAAGUCUUCCUCGGCUGGAACUCUGUGGCGCGCUAUUGCUCACUCGCCUUCUCCGAGCUGUUAAAGAAGGAUUGCAUCACAAGGAUAUAGUUGUGCAUGCUUGGUGCGAUUCCACGAUUGUCCUUUCGUGGCUGUCGCACACCCCAUCGAAGCUGAAGACCUUUAUUGCGAACCGUACUUCGGAGAUCCUAGAUGUCAUACCACGCAGCGCAUGGCAUCACGUUGGCUCAAAGGAUAACCCUGCCGAUUGCGCAUCGAGGGGAAUGCUAGCAUCCAAUCUCAUGAACUAUGAACUGUGGUGGAAGGGACCACAUUGGCUACACCUCGACGAUCUGCUUGCUUCAAAGCUGCGUAGUGGCAACAAUCUCACAACAAUUUUGGACACGCCCAUAAUGGAUGGGCUAAAAUCCUCUUCACUAUCCAGCCGUGUUGAAUCUGAACCUGAAGCGUCCCCGAUUGAGUGUAUAUCGUUUCGAGUUUCUUCCUGGACCAAGCUAAUUCGCUGCACUGCUUAUGUUUUACGGUUUAUGCAUCGAGGAAUGAAGAAACGGAUUCCGUCAAGCCUCACACUCACGUUUGAGGAAAUCAGCGAGGCCCGCAUUUAUUGUCUAAGGCAGGCUCAAGGAAGCUUCUCAUCCGAUCUACACCUGUUGCAAAGGGGAAAAGCUGUGGCAAAUUCAUCAACACUUCGAACACUGUCACCCAUGGUUUGCAAGAAUGGCCUGCUUCGCGUAGGUGGGCGCCUCUCAAACUCGCUACUACCGGAGGAAGUCAAGCAUCCAAUUAUUCUGCCGAAACAUCAUCGCAUUUCUCUGCUUAUUUUGGAACACGAGCACAGGAUACAUCUUCAUCCAGGUGUGACAGCACUUUUCGUCAUCGUUCGCCAACAAUAUUGGAUAGUUGGCGCACGCAACAUGAUUCGUAAGCUUACACAUGCUUGUCUCAAAUGUUUUCGCCAACGCCACAAAACAACUGACCAAUACAUGGCGGACUUGCCAGCUGUUCGGGUACGUCAAGCAUACCCAUUUGAAAAUACUGGGUGCGAUUACGCCGGACCGCUUCUACUCAAGGUGCACAAGGGACGGAAUCCACGAAAGGAAAAGGGAUACAUUUGUCUAUUCGUCUGCCUAGUGACCUCUGCAAUUCACUUAGAGUUGGCUACAGAUCUCAGCACGGAUACAUUUCUUGCUGCACUUCGUCGUUUCAUCUCCCGUCGCGGCAAGUGUACCCACAUCUUCAGCGACAACGGUCGCAACUUUGUGGGAGCAAAGAAGGUGUUAGACGAAAUGUAUAAGCUCAUCCUAUCACAGCAGCAUAACACUCAAGUAACCCAAGCGUUGGCCAGCGAGGGUAUCAAAUGGAGUUUUAUACCACCGCACGCACCCCACUGGGGCGGAAAAUGGGAAUCAGCUGUUCGCUCCGUAAAGCUGCAUCUGCGUCGUGUCAUCGGGAAUUCCAUCCUCACAUUUGAGCAAAUGCACACCCUUCUGGCAUUCGGAAGUAAAGUUGCUGCGAGCCGGACGUGUUUUUAA